AGGCAGGAAAACCCAAAGCGUUCCUGCGUUGCUAUGAAGUUCCUCGCCAACAAGACACGCGUGACCAGAAAUGGCAUCACCGAAAGGUCUUUCGGGUAAUGAAGUCCGCAAGACCAGCUCCAGCUCGUGUGAGAUCCAGGAGAAUCUCAGCCUGUUCUCUCUGAUCAUGGAUCUGCUCACCUGUGCGCUCCUGUGGAUCUCUGUCCUCCUGCCUGGUCCUUCUGGUGCGCGCGCGUUCAUGCUGCCGGACAUCGGUGAGCCCGACUUCAUCCGCAGGUGCGUGCAGGCGCAUAACGUGUACCGCUCAGGAGCUCAGCCGCCCGCCGCCAACAUGCGCUCCAUGUCCUGGGAUGAUGCACUUGCAAGAGGUGCUCGGUCCUGGGCGAGACAUUGCAGGGCAUCCCAUAAUCCUGUGCUGAAGCAGGAGAAAAGGGCUCACCCGGAGUUCCGGCAUGUCGGAGAGAACAUCUGGCUCGGGGCUCCAUACUCAGCCUUUACAGUCGAGUCAGCAGUCAACAGCUGGAAUAAAGAGGGUGCUGAUUACACAGUUGGGAACAACAGCUGUGCUAGAGUGUGUGGGCAUUAUACACAGUUGAUGUGGGCGACAAGUUAUAAACUGGGCUGUGCCGUUAACGUCUGUUCCAGAGGAAUCGAAAACUUCUCCAAUCAUCCCGAGUCGACCAUUUUUGUGUGUAAUUACGGUGACGCUGGAAACAUGUUCGGGUUCACGCCGUAUAUCGUGGGUCUGGCCUGCAGCAAGUGUGGCGUGGAGAAAUGCAGAGACAAGCUUUGCACUGAUCCAAACCGAGACCAAGUUAAAAAAUAUGACUGGAUACCGGGGUGGGAUCUCGGCCCCGGCGGUUCGGCUCAGGCGCUCUCUGAUUGGCUGAUCGGCUCUAAACUGCAGCUCCUGGCUGGAUCGUUCUGGUUUCUUUACGUUUAUGCGAUGCACUGAAAUCACACGAUAAACCGAAUUCCAUUUUAGUCAUGACUUAGAUCGAUACGAUUAUUAUUACAAUGAUUAAUUUUAUUAUUAUUUGUAAGCGUGACAGGGAGCUGACGUGGCGUAAAUCCCUGCUGUGUAGGACUGGUGCUACCCUGCAUCAUAUUCUCAUACACUGUCAUAUCAUUAUAAUAUUCUUAUAAAUAAUCUUUUCACCUUUCAUAUGAAUACAAUUAAAAAAUAAAUAAAUAAAUAAACACAA